AUGGCCGAAGUUGAAAAAUUCCAAUUCCAAGCUGAAAUUAAUCAGUUGAUGAGUUUAAUCAUCAAUACCUUCUAUUCAAACAAGGAGGUAUUCUUGAGAGAAUUGAUUUCUAACGCAUCUGAUGCUUUAGAUAAAAUUCGUCAUGAAUCAUUAAGUGAACCAGAAGUAUUAGAAUCAAAGAAAGAACUUGAUAUUAAGAUUAUUCCAGACAAGGAAAACAAGACUUUGACUCUUAUCGAUAGUGGUGUUGGUAUGACCAAGACUGAUCUCAUUAAGAAUCUCGGUACCAUUGCCCGUUCCGGUACCAAGAACUUUAUGGAAAAGUUACAAAGUGGAGCCGCCGAUAUUUCCAUGAUUGGUCAAUUUGGUGUUGGUUUCUACUCUGCCUACUUGGUUGCCGACCACGUUGUUGUCCACUCCAAGAACAACUUGGACGAGCAAUACGUAUGGGAAUCCUCUGCUGGUGGUGAAUUCACCGUUGCCCUCGACCACUCUGAACCAUUGGGUCGUGGUACCAAGAUUGUCUUGCACAUGAAGGAAGACCAAUUGGACUUUUUGGACGAACAAAAGAUCAAGAACCUCGUCAAGAAGCACUCUGAAUUCAUCCAAUACCCAAUCUCGCUCCUCGUCACCAAGGAAACCGAAAAGGAAGUCGACGAAGAAAAGGAAGCCUCAUCUGAGGAAUCUACCGAUGCCAAGGUCGAAGAGAUUGACGAAGAAAAGGAAAAGAAAAAGAUCAAGGAAGUCACCAAGGAAUGGGAUGUCCUCAACAAGACCAAGCCAUUGUGGACCAAGAACCCAUCUGAAGUCACCAAGGACGAAUACAACUCUUUCUACAAGUCCAUCUCCAACGAUUGGGAAGAGCCACUCGCCGUCAAGCACUUCUCUGUCGAAGGUAAGCUCGAAUUCAAGGCUAUCCUCUUUGUACCAAAGCGUGCUCCAUUUGACAUGUUUGAAAGCAAGAAGAAGCACAACAACAUCAAGUUGUACGUCAAGCGUGUCUUUAUCAUGGACAACUGUCAAGAAAUCAUCCCAGAGUACUUGAGCUUUGUCCGUGGUAUCGUCGACUCUGAAGAUCUCCCACUCAACAUUUCCAGAGAGACCCUCCAACAAAACAAGAUCCUCAAGGUCAUUCGUAACAACCUCGUCAAGAAGUGUCUCGAAUUGUUCAACGAAAUCGCCGAAAACAAGGACGAUUUCAAGAAGUUCUAUGAAGCCUUUGCCAAGAACCUCAAGCUUGGUGUCCACGAAGACGCUCAAAACCGUGAAAAGUUGGCCGAACUCCUCCGUUACAACACCUCCAAGUCUGGUGACGACUGGACCACUCUCCGUGAAUACAUUGCCCGUAUGAAGGAAGGUCAAAAGGAAAUCUACUACAUUACUGGUGAAAGCCGCAAGACUGUUGAAAGCUCUCCAUUCAUGGAAGCCUUCAAGAAGCGUGGUCUCGAAGUCCUCUACAUGGUCGACCCAAUCGACGAAUACUCUGUCACCCAACUCAAGGAAUUCGACGGUCACAAGCUCGUCUCGAUCACCAAGGAAGGUCUCAAGUUGGAGGAAACCGAAGACGAAAAGAAAAAGGCUGAAGAAGACAAGGCUGCCAACGAGAACCUCAUCAAGCAAGUCAAGGAAGUCCUCGGCGACAAGGUCGAAAAGGUUGUUCUCUCUAACCGUAUCGUCACCUCUCCAUGUGUCCUCGUCACCUCUGAAUUUGGUUGGUCUGCCAACAUGGAACGUAUCAUGAAGGCUCAAGCUCUCCGUGAUAACUCCAUGUCCACCUACAUGACCUCCAAAAAGACCCUCGAACUCAACCCAGAUCACCCAAUCAUCAUUGAACUCCGUAAAAAGGUCAACGAAAAGGCAAAGACUUUCAAGGACUUUGUCUAUCUCCUUUACGAGACUGCUCUCCUUACCUCUGGUUUCUCCCUCGAAGAUCCAAACUCCUUUGCUACCCGUAUUCAUCGUAUGAUCAAGUUGGGUCUCUCUAUCCAAGACGACUCCAACGUUGCUGAUGAAACUACCACCACCUCUGAUGAUCUCCCACCAAUGGAAGAAACCACCGGUGAAUCUCAAAUGGAACAAGUCGACUAA